AUGGCCAGCUUCCAGAGACUCAUCAUCUCCCUGUUGGUGAUUCUCACCUUCACCUUUGUCUUCUUUGCUCAGUCUUCCGAGGCUGUCAAGGGCCCCAAGAUCACCCACAAGGUACAAGCUUCCACCUUCUCCAUCCCUCAACAUGCCAAUUGCUCACACGUCCUCAGNGUCUACUUCGAUGUGACCUCCGGUGAUGAAGAGCUUGGACGCAUCGUCCUCGGUCUUUACGGCAAGACCGUCCCCAAGACCGCCGAGAACUUCAGAGCUCUUGCUACUGGCGAGAAGGGCUUUGGCUAUGAGGGCUCUACCUUCCACCGUGUCAUCAAGGAUUUCAUGAUCCAGGGUGGUGACUUCACCAAGGGUGACGGCACUGGCGGCAAGUCCAUCUACGGCAACAAGUUCGCCGAUGAGAACUUCAAGUUGAAGCACAGCAAGAAGGGCCUCCUCAGCAUGGCCAACGCCGGCAAGGACACCAACGGCUCGCAGUUCUUCAUCACCACCGCCAUCACCUCGUGGCUCGAUGGUCGUCACGUCGUCUUCGGUGAGGUCCUCGAGGGCUGGGAGAUCGUCGACAAGAUUCAGAACCUCCCCAAGGGUGCUGGCGACAAGCCUCAGAAGCCCAUCAAGAUUGCCAAGAGUGGCGAGCUCGAGGUCCCUGAAGAAGAUAAGCUCAUCGGUUCUGCUGAGCCCGUUGCGGACCUCAAGGAAGACGAUGAUGAAGCACUCGCUGCUCCUGUCCCCGUACCCGCUGCAAACGCUCCUGUCAACGAAAAGGGCGACGAGCCUCUGUCGCACCACAAGGAGGAGGAGUUGGCUGCUGGUUAUGGUGACAUUGUCAACGAUGCUGGUAUCAGCUGGUUCGCAAAACUUGGUGCUUUGGCCGUCAUCCUCGGCCUCUGCGCUCUCUUCUUGAAGAGUCGUUCGUCAAACAAGACCCCCUACACAUACGACAAGUCCUUGGCUUGA